AAAAAAAAAAAAAAGACAACUAUUCGUAAGUUCUUUGUAUUUCAGUCUCUCGCUCCGUCUUUGGUAAAUCGCGAAGGGAAGCCAUGGCCUUGAGAAUAACUCCAGCUCCUCCUCAAACUCUACGAACCACAGCCCUGCGACCACCCUCUCUCCUCCUCGUCAAUAACUCUCAUGCUCCAGCUCCUCCUCCAAAUUCAACUAGCCCCAAAUUUGGCCUUACUUUUCAUACUAAUACUAGAACACCGCGUCGUCUCCUUGCGAGGGCCUCCUCCACUUCGGAAUUUGUCCCUAAUAUCGGUGAAAUCCUCGGUGAUAUUAGCAUUUUCAAAGCUUCCGGUGACCCCGUCUUCUUCAAGCACCUCUGGGAUCAGAACCAGGGUGUAGCUGUUGUUGCGCUUUUAAGGCACUUCGGAUGCCCUUGCUGUUGGGAACUUGCUUCUGCUUUGAAAGAAGCGAAACCGAAAUUUGACACCGCUGGUGUAAAGUUGGUUGCAAUUGGUGUUGGCACUCCUAACAAAGCUCGGAUUCUUGCCGAUCGGUUACCAUUUCCAGUGGAUUGCCUUUAUGCUGAUCCUGACCGAAAGGCAUAUGACGUUCUUGGCUUAUACUAUGGUCUUGGCCGGACAUUUUUCAAUCCAGCUAGUGCAAAGGUGUUUUCAAGAUUUGAGUCUCUGCAGAAGGCUGUAAAGAACUAUACCAUUGAAGCCACCCCGGAUGAUAGAAGUAGUGUGCUGCAACAGGGAGGGAUGUUUGUGUUUAAAGGGAAGCAAUUGCUGCAUGCGUGGAAAGAUGAAGGGACAGGGGAUCAUGCCUCUUUGGAUGAUAUUUUGGGUGUCUGUUGCAAAGUUCCAGUUGCAUGAAGCUUUAUUACGAUCACUGUUUCAGAUGGUGUUUAGAUUUUUGCUUUAUGUAUAUAAAUUGCAUGUAUAGAUAAUGGGCGUACUGAUGUAGCAAUGCCCGGCCCUUCUCAAAUAUGAGUAAAAUGAACUGAAUGUCCGAUGAUGAUUUGAUCA